CUCACUGAUAGAAAUGAUGAGACAUGCUACACCGGCACCAAUUUACAGUCAGUUGUUAUAACAUUGAAUACGACUUAUCCUUACACGUGGUUAAGACUUGCAGUUAAUAAUACUGGUUCGUAUGUACGUCUUGUUAAAGUCUAAUAAUAUAAUUUGUUUUCCGCAGACAUCUUCUCCUUUAUAAUUCAUUAAUUUAGUGUUAUGUUUAAUUAAAUAUUUGAAUAUGUCCGUAUUUAAAAUGUUUUGACUUACUCAAUUCUAAAAUAUAAAUUAUAUUAUAAAAGGAUUAUUGUGAUUAUUCAAUUUUUUUUAAAGCAAGUUUUAACAGUUUACAAGUCUCUUUCAAGACGGACACAUCGGCAGAUAUGGCUUGCACCAACCAACUGAACACCACAAUAGACGCAAGAAGAAUGGACAUUCGUUGUGAUACAAUGUUCGAUGUGAAGCAAGUCAUCAUAAAAGGUCAAGGUCUCAAGUCUUUGUGCUCCGUUUACAUUAAUGGAGGCAAGAAUGUGAUAUAUUACUAAGAAACAAGACCAUAUAUUUCAUAAUAAAAUACCAGACAAAAUAAUAUCAAUUAUAUGUCUGUUUGAUUUUUUUUCUUUUUAACUUUCAAUUAAUUCUUGCGUUCUUAGAAAGCAGUUAUGUUAAACGUCGUCUUGAUAAUAUAUUCUUACUAAUUGAUACAUUUUGAACUAAAGUUUAAUAGAUGUUUAAAAGCUUUUGAAAUGAUUCCUUUAAGGUCGCAACGUCGCAUUGAAACAAGCCGCUGUUCAAAGUUCUAUCUACACUAAAGAGGGUGUCUCUUUGGCUCAGGCUUCCAACGCGAUCGAUGGUGACACACAUAAUAGUUUAAAAAAUCAAUCAUGCAGUCAUACAAAUGGCUACGAUGAUGAUACGUCACCAAAUUGGAAUGUAACUUUUAGCAAGCUUCAAGUAGUCAACAGAAUUGUAUUGUACAACAGAAAUGGUAACUAG